UAAAAAUCGUGUGCCCAACCUGUGAAGCUAAAAUUAGUGAGCUGUUCCUGACCUUCCCUGGUAUUUUGUUUUUUGCAACCCUCGUAUCGACUCGUCGACUGGCCUGCAACCGUGCGCUCUUUCACUCCCUGGCUCUCUCUUGUGUGUGUGUGUGUGUUAGCUCGCGUUUGGCAGUGUUUGCUGCCAUUCGGUGUUUUGUUUCGGCUGCUGCGCGCGUGUUGUUGCGAUUUUACGUUGCGUUUGUGCUAGUGAUUGCAGCUCGAUUCUAGCCAGUUUCUGUCGAUUGAAACGCAAGGACGGUGAACAGUGAUGAGCGGUGCGACCAAGGAAAACAGGCAGCUGCUGCAGGCGGUGGUGAAGCACCCCGUGCUGUACGAUCGCAACGACGAAAACUACAGGAAGCGCUUGCCCAGCGAGAAUUCCUGGGACUUGGUAGCCUCGGAGGUUGGAGGGUCGGUGGAAAAGUGCAAGCGACGCUGGCGUCAGUUGCGAAACGAUUACACCCGUUGGUUGAACGCAGACGCUAGCCGGCGACGACUCGGACAGCGCCGCUUCCCCUAUUCCUUGGCGGACGAUUUCAGCUUUUUGGACCCCCACCUGAACUUGGCCGACGAGGAACGCAGCGGAUCAGAGAGGGAUAGGGACAGCAACAGGGACAGCGAGAGCAGGGACAAUACAACCGCUUCCCUAAAAGGAGACGCCGCACGGGACGAUAAGUCAGUCAAUGAAGAAUCGUUGGUGGCUCAACUUCUCGGGGAAGAGGAUCCUUCAACUAAGGACUCGGAAAACGAUAAACCUAAGGAAAAACCAAAGCAGGAAAAGCCCAUCAAAAAGAGCGCUCAGGAAAAAUCCGUAGAAAAGGAGCUGGAUGAAGUGGAGGAACCGCAGAAAAGUCUCGAAGAGGAUAGUUUUCUGCAGUCCGACCAGGAAGGUGACGAGCCCAUAGAAGAGGAGCAUCUAGAGCAGCUGGAUGACUUUGAAUUCGGAGAAGAAGAAGAACUGAUGCAGGAGAAGGAAAAGGAUUCAUCGGAGAAUACCGAAGAUUCACCGGCUAGCCAGUCCGAGUUUUUUAUCAAACAAAACAAGGAGCCUCAUUUGCUGAUUAUUGGCAAAAAGAACUCCACGCUCUCAAGUGGUGAAGCUCCGGAGGCGGAAGCUGAUGAUUUAAAUCAGGGGGAUCCCCUGGAAGACAGUAUGGAAGAGAGCAUUGACGAAACCGCCGCAAAAACCUUAAGCAGAAGAGACAGUGCGCAGUCUCCCAGUCGUCGCCUUCGCCGGAUCAAGACCGUUCCCCUCAAGAAGCCCACUCAAGUGCCGAGGGUCACGCGCUUUCAGCGCACAAAGGUCAUGACUAUGGCUGCAGCGCAGAGUAUGAGGAGCUCUACAUCGCCCGUUAAGUUGACACCAGUGCCCAGACCAGGGGGCACUAAGAGUGUUCAGGUGAAACCCUCAUCAGUGCCUCUCAAAGAUGGCUUGUUCUCCCGACCUGAAAUGCCUUCAGGUGAAGGAAAACAAGGUGCCAACAGGCAGGGUUUGACUCCAAGCCAGUCGCAAAGGCCACCGGUAAUGAGACGUCUUACCACUACCGGCAGCAGCCGUCCGGGCAUGAUAACGUCCGGGCAUGAUACUCCGCCAAAAAGAGGCAGGCCGCCCAAGGUGAUGCACCGUUUGGUGGGCCGACCAAUUAGAAAGCCGUCACCGAGUACCCCCAAAGUGUUGCCCAUCAAUAAGCCCAGCAGUCCCACCGUCACUCCUGGCACCAACAUGGCCCAUAAGGCCAGUAAUCCCGCCACCAACACACCAGGAAAUCUAACCAAAAGGGUGCCCAACCCCACAGCCACCACCGCCACCAUUGUUAAACCGCUGGAGAACUUAAGUGUAAGGAACUACAGUCCCAUCUCCAGCACUGAUUCUAGCCCCGGCAUCUCAAAGAGUAGCCUCUCUGGUGUGGCCACCACCAGCACCAACGUAGCUUCAACAAAUUCGGUGGCAACCAAGACACCCAGCCUGCUCAAGCGAUGCGAACGGACAACCCAAACCGAUAGCCCGGAUAUCUUCUCCGAUGAGCAUUUCCUGGAUAUGAUAAAGCCACAGAUGAAGGAGAUGAACCCUCGCCAGAAGAUGCAUUUCAAGAAGAAGGUUUUCCAGGCGUUGAUGGAGACUUUCGACGAUGCCACCGAUUUCCCAGAGGCCGGCGAACUGCAGCACUUCAAUAUAAACACACCGUCGGGCUUUGAGCACGUCACAUCACCAGAACUUCGUCUAAUUAGGGAGUUGGUGAGCCUGGUAAGUGCGGCCAAGGUGUCCGCACGUGGACAGCCGCUGCCGCAGGCUAAGCCGUCAAGUCAGGCGCCGCCGCUGAAGGAGGGAUUUUCCUAUGCUGCAGUGCCCAGCUCGGAUAGCCCGCGAGGACUCCAAACACUAAGCAUUCCACGUCAUUUGGUCCAGAGGGUCUACAAGCCAAGUCCCGGGGCGGAGAGUACCCCCAACAGUGCAGCUGCUCCGGGAGGAGGCGAGAAAAAGAUGUACCGCUUUCUGCAGUCGACGAAUGGCAAACCGAAUGGUAAAAUCAGUGCUUCGCUGGAGGAUCUGCGCAAGGACAGCGUGGACAGUGACCGCAGCAUGGUGAGCUCCACUAAUGUACCGCCAGCUAGUCCCAAGGGUGCCACUGUUGUGGCCGCGGUGAGACCACAGGGAUCAACGAUGAACAGCCUCUUUGGAUCAUCGGGCAACGUGACAGCUGUCAGGGCUGGACCGUCGCUAAAGGCGCGUGCCAUGGCCCGCCGGUAUUCCACAUGCAACAAUCAGAUCACCAACUCCAUACCCAUCAGCCAGACUCUCGGCUAUCCCAGCUCCCUAAAUACCAACCUGACACCGAUGGAGGCGAAUGCACUGAAACGUCGUCUCAUGGGAGCUGCCCAGCCGAUGGUGCCACCCACACAGCGUCCUCGCUAUUCCGGCGGACCUGGGGUCCAACAGAUAGUUACGCCGCAGGGCAAUAGCUUGCUGGUGAGGAGACCCGCUGGGCCUAGUCCUGGCGCCCAGAAGCAGCAACUCUCGCCCACCGGCGGAGUGGUUUUGACACCCCAGAAAACACCGCAAAUAACCAAUGUCCAGGGAGCCGCCUUUAAGGAUUUUGUGCAGCCCAAACCUACGUCAGCCGCCUCACCGGCUUCCUCGGCAUCCUCCACCUCCUCGGCAUCGCCGGCAGCCGGUGAAGGAACGCCUCAGUCCAUGGCACUUAAGCGCAGCUUGGUGGUGGCCAAUGCCAAGAACUCGCUCCUGGUCGAGAAGCCGGUCAAUAAACCCCAACAACAACAACAACAGCCCCAGGUCCAGAAGACCAACCCAAGGUAUUCCUCGAUGACGGCAGCCACCAUUGCAGCGGAUGACUUCUCGCUGGCCAGUCUCAAGCGAGAGCCGGUGGAUCACAUGGAUGACCACGACGAUAUCUUGGGCAUGUAGGCUGCCAUCGAAAAUACAAGUUAAACUUCUACGACGAAUCUUGAUGAGAACAAAAAACCCAGACAAAGAGUUACUAGUUACCCUUCAAAUGUAGUCUUAAGAUAAAUUAUUUUUAAGCUCUAAAAUAUUUUCACAACCACAUCGUUUGCUGCGAAAGCUAAGCCUUAUUUUUCACGUAUUACCAGAUAAAUAAGUUUCAAAUUUGUAAAAACAUUUCAUUUUACUAAAAUGGACAAAAGAAAAUAUUUUAAAAAAUAAUACAACAAAUAUUACUAGUAUAUUAACCAAUUGAUGUAAUUAGAAAUCGAAUAUAUAUCAGUUUUAUUUUUUUCUUUUCAUAAAUAAACGUUGUAAAAAUAAA